AUGUCAACAAGUGUCGCUAUAGAAUGUUUGGACGCGACUGAGUUUGCAGCGCUUGUGCCAAAAAUAUUCUCGGCAGUGUCAGAAUGCAGCCCUGUCCACGAGUCGAAUAACGGCAGAACGAGGCCAUCCCGCACAAAAAUAAUCCAUCUCACGCGACAGCGCGCAGGUGAGGCGAGUGUUGUAUCCGCCAUCUCGUCCAUCCUGACCCGGCCCCUCACCUCGGAGGACGAGCUGGACGUCGCACUCACCGCCUUGCGCGAAGUGGUAUGCGAGCUCCCCGAGGACGCCAUGCUCCGCUACCGCCAGGCGCUGAUGGCCCUGUCCGCAGUCGAUCCGGACGGCAGCUGCAGUGGUCCGCGACUCGCCGGCUCCUCUCUGGCUGCCCAGGCUCGCGGUGCGAUACGGUUUAUGGACCAACGUGAGGACGCCUGGGCUCCCGGGUACAGAGACGACCACAUGGCGCAGCGCAGUCUGCGGGAGCGUGUGCAUACGGCGCGGGAGAUGCGCCCGCAUGUGGCCGGGCUGCUCGGCUGGCUUCGGGAUACGAGCUGGCCGCUCUACACGGGAUGUGAGGCGCAGCUGGCGCGCUUUCCGGAAAUCACAAUGACGCCCAUCCGGGUUAUUCUGAAGCAGCACCGCGGCGAUGGGAAGUGGAUCAACAACCUCCUACGUUUCGUGCAAGACCACGUGCCGGUCGGCAGAAGCUGGGAGGCCAUCUAUCCCGCGGUCAAUGCACUGCUCGUUAUUGAGCCGGCGGGAAAUGAAGAGGCGUGCGACACGGCUGGGAUUGCUGCAGGCUGGAUAGAGACGUUGAACAGGUGGCGAAAGUCUCAGGAAGGGUUGAGAUGUGCAUGA